UAUUGGCUGACAUCAAUGAGGAUCCGGCCCCCGCGAAACGCGAUUGGCUGGCUGGGCGCCACUUCCACCGGCUGGCUUUUGAUUGGUCGCGCCUCGUUGACAGGCAUAACGCUUAUCCAAUCAGCAGCGCGGGGCGGGACGACACCCCGCCGCGUUGCCGUGGCGACGCGCUGGUUUGGCGGUUCCUUUUCCCGCCCUUUCCUCGUUACCACGGCAACCACGCACGGCCCUGAGGAGGGGGCGGGACGCGCGGCGCGCGGCGCUGAUUGGCCCAGGCGGUUGUCAAUCAGUGACGUCGCUUCCGGCGCCGGGACGGGCCCGCGCCGCCGCCGCAGCCGCCGCCCCUCCCGGAUGGAGGUGACGGUGGGGACGGCGGCGCUGGCGCUGGCGCUGCUGCUGCUGCCGCUGCUCUACGAGCGCUGCGGCUCCUUCCGCUUCUUCUGCAAGAUGGGAUUCUACAACGGCUGGAUCCUGCUGCUGGCCCUGCUGGCCAUCCCCCUGUGUGCCCUGAGGGGAAGAGACGUGGAGAACAUGAAAAUCAUCCGGGGGCUGAUGCAGCACGUGAAGAGACUCUACGGGAUCCGCAUGGAGGUCAGGGGGGCGCAGAACUUCCCCCCACGGCAGCCCUACGUGGUGGUGAGCAACCACCAGAGCUCUCUGGACCUGCUGGGGAUGAUGGAGGUGCUCCCCGACCGCUGCGUCCCCAUCGCCAAGCGGGAGCUGCUCUACAUGGGCGCCGUGGGCGUCGUCUGCUGGCUCGGGGGCAUCAUCUUCAUCGACCGCAAGCGCACGCACGACGCCAUCAGCGUCAUGGCCGAGGCUGCACACACCAUGCUCAGCCAGGACGUUCGGGUGUGGGUGUUCCCCGAGGGCACACGGAACCACAGCGGCUCCAUGCUGCCCUUCAAGCGCGGCGCCUUCCACCUGGCCGUGCAGGCCCAGGUGCCCGUGGUCCCCAUCGUGAUCUCGUCCUACCAACACUUCUACAGCAAACGGGAGCGCAGGUUCACGGCUGGGCAGUGCGUGAUCCAGGUGCUGCCGCCGUUGGCCACUCGGGGCCUGGGCCCGGCCGACGUCCCCGCGCUGACCGAGCGCGUCCGCGCCGCCAUGUUGGACGCCUUCGACGCGCUGUCGGCGGAGCUGCGACCCACAAGUGACCCACAGCGACCCACAAGUGACCCACAGCGACCCACAAGUGACCCACGGAGCCCCACAAGUGACCCACGGAGACCCACGGGUGACCCACAGCGACCCACAAGUGACCCACGGAGCCCCAUAAGUGACCCACGGAGCCCCACAAGUGACCCACAGCGACCCACAAGUGACCCACGGAGCCCCACAAGUGACCCACAGCGACCCAUAAGUGACCCACGGAGCCCCACGGGUGACCCACAGCGACCCACGGGUGACCCACGGAGCCCCACAAGUGACCCACAGCGACCCACGGGUGACCCACAGAGCCCCACAAGUGACCCACGGAGCCCCACAAGUGACCCACGGAGCCCCACGGCCACCCAGAGAGACCAACAGAGCCCCACAAGUGACCCACAGCGACCCACGAGUGACCCAUGGAGUGACCCACGGAGCCCCACGAGUGACCCACGGAGCCCCACGGCUGCUCCCCGUGACCCACAGAUCCCCACGGUGCCCCACAGGGGGACCCUGCAGUGACCCCCGGCCCUGCAGCCCCACAGCGGAGCCGGGAGUGGGGCAGGGACUGACCCCCAAGUGGGGAGAAACUGAGGCACGAGUGGGGCUGGGACUGACCCAUAAUUGGGGCCUGGACUGACCCCCAAGUGGGGAGAAACUGAGGCACGAGUGGAGCCGGGUCUGACCCCUAAGUGGGAACAAAGUGACCCCCAAGUGGGGCAGGGACCGACCCCCAAGUUGGGAACAAAGUGACCCCCAAGUGGGGGGAAACUGAGGCACGAGUGGGGCUGGCUGUGACCCCCAAGUGGGGCUUGGACUGACCCCCAAGUUGGGAACAAAGUGACCCCCAAGUGGGGGGAAACUGAGGCACGAGUGGGGCCAGCUCUGCCCCCCAAGUGGGGCUGGCUGUGACCCCCAAGUGGGGCAGGGACCGACCCCCAAGUGGGGGGAAACUGAGGCACGAGUGGGGCCGGGAGUGCCCCACAGCCCCCCCCUUGUGCCCCAUAGCGGGACCAGGCUGUGACCCACGGCAGGGGGCGUGGCCAGGGGGCGUGGCCGGUGCUGAUUGGCUGCCGCAGCCAAGCCCCGCCCCCUCCUGAGCCCGGGUAUUUAUUGGGGGUGGGGGAG